CUGAUCAUGUUUCUUUCACAAAAGGUUGUCAGUUUAUACUACCGAGUCUCUAUAUUAGGCAAUAAUCCUACCUCUAUAUAUAUAUCCAUUGCUAUAAGCCCUCCUAACCACGGCCUCGCCUGUUGCCCUUUGUCUUGUAUAUUGAGAGCCACCUGAACUGCCCUUCUUCGUUGGCUCGGGGAUAUUCCCACAAACUUACCGUCGUUGGCAUGGUCAACAAGACGCUUUUCUCAUACCCGAGCUCUACUAGAAGGUAAUAUCUGUCAGGUGGAGUCCCUUUACAUAGACGCAUAACUGAAGCCUCCCCGCGAUAUAUAUAAACUCGGCAUCAUGUACAGAUUCCCGCCUGGUCUCGCCCGUCGGACAUCACGACUCACCCCGACAAUACAACCCCCACUAAAGCAAUACUACCACCGUCGCAAGCAAUCAUCCUAUCCACGUACCAUAAUACCAUCGAAGAUCGAACUAGAAAAUAACAAACUCACCCCACAAAAUCUCGAACGCGCCAUUUACUCCCUCUUCCACGACGGCCUAGUCAUCAUCGAGAACGCCAUUCCACACGACCCCCUCGACCACCUAAACACAAAAAUGAUGCAAGACGCCUACAUCCUGCAAGCCAGAAAAGAGAUUAGCCCUUACAAUUACAACCCAGGGAAUAUCCAACAAGAUCCACCCCCAACAAGAGAACAUUUCCACAAAGAUAUCUUCCUGAACCCCCUCGCCAUUCAAAUUACCUCAACAGCUCUAGGCCCCCGUCCCAAAUGGACGUUCUGCUCAGGUAACACCGCCAUGCCACCAACCAGUACCUGUCCUCCCACUUCGCAGCCCGUACACACCGACGCGGAUUUCGAUCAUCCAUCGCAUCCAUUCGCCUACGUUAUCAACGUCCCCUUGGUUACUAUGACUCCUGAAAACGGAUCCACAGAAAUCUGGCUCGGCACACACGUGGACUCGGGUCUGCAUGUGCAGGAGGGAGCGCAUGGCACUGAUCGAGCUAGUGGGCGGAUCAAGGUACAGGAGGUGGAGAAACGUCGCGCUGUGAGGAUGCCCUGUCGGCCUGUUGUACCGAAGGGGGCGUUGGUGAUUCGAGAUUUGAGGCUUUGGCAUGCGGGCAUGGGGAAUCGGACGGGAGAUGUGAGGGUUAUGUUGGCUAUGAUUCAUUUCGCGCCGUGGUAUCGGAAUAGGAUGAAAUUGGAGCUUGCGGAGGAGCUGAGGCCCGCGGUGGAGAGGGAGACGAGCUUGCAGGUUCCAGUUGAUUGGGUGUCGGAGGAGCAAGCAUUGGAGCGGUAUCUGAAUCGGGGUUUUGGGAAUGAGUAUGAUUUUAGUCAGGGGGUUUAGGAGUAAGAAGCGACUUAAUAUGGAAAACUAUUGUCGCGCUGAGAUUAGAGUGGCAGUAGCAUUUGAUAAGGGUGGAAAUUGGAGUGUAUAUGGACUACACUGAGACUCAUCG